AUGGACAGUGAUGAAGAAUCCUUGCAGUCAGUUCUGUCUGGAGAUGGGACAAAUUACUUCGAUGACUACGACAGUGACGAGUGUUCAGACAUAUGGACUGACGACGAAGCAUUUUCGGAUAUAGGAGAACCAACCGAUCAUCGAACUCUGGUUACAACACCUCAACAACACACUGAUCUGAGACGAGUUGAGCCCGGAGAAUAUUUACAUUUAGGUGUUGAGAAACGAAUCACCAAGUAUCUUGAGCAGAUACCAGUGGAAUAUGUACCGCGUCAUUUAAUCUAUGACUUUAGUACAGACGGUGCCAAUCUCGAUAAGUCUGGUUACAUAGUUAUGUGGCCCAUCCAAGUCAGAAUUGUUAAUAUCCCAAAUAGUACUCCCAUCAUGGUUGGUAUUUAUAAAGGCCCACAUAAACCUGCUUCUGCCAUGGAUUUUUUCAAGGAUUACAUUACGGAAAUUAUGAGAAUUUCAUUGAAUGGUGGUAUUCUUUUCAAUAAUGUGAGAAUUCCACUAAUUGUACGCUGUUUCAUCGCUGAUGCUCCCGCCCGAGCUAUGAUGUUGAAUCAUAAAUAUCCUACUGGAUACAAUAGUUGUUCUAAGAGUUACCCCAAUGGUGCACCACGAACUGAUGCUGAUUAUCGGAAUCUGGUAGACGAAGAUCAUCAUCAUCGACCGAGUAUUCUUGCAAGACUUCCAGCAUUUGAUUUAGUCAAGCAG